UGGGGGGGGGCAGAUCUGACAGUAAUAAAAGCUUGGGUUUGCUUUGGUCCCCUGGGACUCAACAGGAAUCUCUCUUCUUUCUGUGACAUCUGUACCAAGUCAAAAGAGCCUGUCUCCGGUGAGCGUGCCACAUCUAUACUGAGAUCCCUCAACCUGCCGCUGAGCUUUCCCACCCCUCGGAGCUAUCAACAGCCUCACGCCGCACUCCUUCGUUGGUUGGCAGCUCCUCUUGCCCCGAGCCAGGAUGAAUGACGUUCAGGAAGCCACCUCCCCCGCGACCAGCCUUGGCGGUCCAGCAACCUGCGUCUCCAAAGUAGAGCUGCGUGUGUCUUGCAAAGCUCUGCUGGACCGAGACACGCUGAAUAAGUCAGACCCCUGUGUCAUUCUCAUGGUACAGACCAACGGGCAGUGGACAGAGCUGGACAGGACAGAAGUGAUCAAGAGCAACCUGCACCCAGUCUUUGCCAAAGUUUUCUCAUUGGACUACUACUUUGAGGAGGUGCAGAAACUGCGAUUUGAAGUCUAUGACAUCCACGGCACUCACAGCAUUGGUACCCGUGAUGAUGACUUUCUGGGUGGAGUGGAGUGCACGCUCGGCCAGAUUGUGGCUCAAAAGAAGAUGGUGAAGCCUUUAUUGCUGAAGUACGGGAAAUAUGCUGGCAAAUCCACCAUCACGGUACACGCUGAGGAAAUUUCUGGCAACAACGGGUAUGUGGAGCUCUCCUUCUGUGCCAAGAAGCUUGAUGAUAAGGAUCUCUUCAGCAAGUCAGAUCCAUUUUUGGAAAUAUACCGAAUCAACGACGACGGAACUGAACAGCUUGUGCACAGGACUGAGGUGAUCAAGAACAACCUGAAUCCUGUGUGGGAGCCCUUCAAAGUGUCUCUCAUAUCUCUGUGCAGCUGCGAUGAGGAUCGAAAGCUCAAGUGCCUAGUGUGGGAUUAUGACUCCAGGGGGAAGCAUGACUUCAUUGGCGAGUUCUACGCCACGUUCAGGGAAAUGCAGAAGAUUUCCAGUGGAAAUAAGGUGAUGUGGGAUUGUGUGAAUCCCAAGUACAAGCAGAAGAAGAGAAACUACAAAAAUUCAGGAGUUGUCAUCCUCAGUGACCUUAAGCUCCACAGAGUGUACUCCUUCUUAGAUUACAUCAUGGGAGGAUGCCAGAUUCACUUUACGGUUGCUAUUGACUUCACAGCCUCCAAUGGAGACCCCAGGAACAGCUGCUCAUUGCAUUACAUCAACCCUUACCAGCCCAACGAGUACCUGAAGGCUCUGAUAGCAGUGGGGGAGAUCUGUCAAGACUAUGAUAGUGACAAAAGAUUUUCAGCUUUGGGGUUUGGUGCCCGAAUCCCUCCAAAUUACGAGGUGUCUCAUGACUUUGCCAUUAAUUUCAACCCUGAGGAUGACGAAUGUGAAGAGAUCCAAGGAGUGGUUGAGGCAUACCAGAAUUGCCUUCCUAAGAUCCAGUUGUAUGGCCCAACCAAUGUUUCUCCCAUCAUUAACAGAAUAGCCAAGCUGGCAGCAGGCGACGGCAACAUUAAAGAUGCUUCUCGAUACCACAUCCUGCUCAUCCUCACGGAUGGCGUAGUGACAGACAUGGCAGACACGCGUGAAGCCAUUGUACGAGCCUCCUACCAGCCUCUCUCCAUAAUCAUUGUUGGUGUGGGCAAUGCAGACUUCACAGACAUGCAGAUUUUGGAUGGAGAUGAUGGAGUCCUACGUUCACCGAAGGGCGAACCAGUCCUCAGGGACAUUGUGCAGUUUGUGCCCUUCAGAGACUUCAAAACGGCUUCACCUGCUGCACUGGCAAAAUGUGUUCUGGCAGAGGUGCCCAAGCAAGUCGUAGAGUACUACAGCCAUAAGGCCAUCUCCCCUAUGUGCCCCGUGAGGGACUUAGUGACCCCCAUCCUGAGCCCACUUGCCACCACUCCAACAGAAUAACCACCCACCCUGUUCCUGGGACCAAGCUUUGACCACAGCACCAGUCUGGCAAACUGAGAGAAAGAAAAGAACGAUUUUGGACAAGGACUGAAGAGAAAAUAUUUGUAAAUGUGUUGUUACUCAUUCAUUUCAUUUUCCACCGCUAUCAAAAUGUUUACACACGGACAGUGCAACAGAGACUGUGGGGUCUUGUUUUUCUCUGUUCAGUCUGGAUUCAGCAUGUCUCCCUGGCUGUGCAAUCUGAUCAUCCAGGUGUUUGAGCAUUGUGAGUCCUGGGGGGGUGUUUUUUUUUAACCCUAAUUUUUAUGCAUGCAGGCCAAUCCCGCAGUGCUGAUCCACUAAUCGAUGGCACGCUUAUUAUUGCUCACUGCCCAUCAAAUUCAGCACCUAUUAUGUUACUGUUUUUCUUGAUGUACAGUACUAUGUGUUGCAGUCAAAAUUAGAGUGCUAACUUAAACAAUAUUUAAUCCAAAUAUUACAGAUGAAUUAUUGGAAGUAUAAAGAAGAGAUGCGGUAUUCAGAUUUUUUCAUUAUGUUGACUUUGUUUCAUAUACUUCACAGACAAUAUUUCCGGACACAGUCAAAAUUUAUAAAUCAUCCUACCAUGAGUUCACAUUGGAACAGAGUGGUCAUUAUUAAUGCUUGAUUUCUCUUAAUAAAACAUAAACUAUUAGACUCUAUUACUAAAAUUAAAAAAGGUUCAUGUUGCAAAGUUAAUAUAUUAUGUGUAAAAUGAUUAAAUAAUAAACAUUAACUAAACUCAGUAAUUAAGACUUCUUAAGAACUAGGUACAAAACCUGUUGCAAUGGAGAAAUCUUUGUUUAGUUCUGGCGUGUCACCACUCCAGAGCUGUUCACCGCGUGCAUCUGUGAAACUUCAAGUGACAACUUGUGAUAUUUGCUAAAGCUUGAGCUCUUUGUAUGCUUUUUCAUUUACAACAACAGGGUGCUAACAUGUCGCAGUGAGAUAAAAUAAAGUCAGGCCA